CCCUCCCCCCGGCGUCCUCACCCACCCCCGGCGUCCUCACCUCCGGCUUGAUGGGAUCUGGAGCGCAAACCGUGUUCAGUGUGGAGACAUCCCAAGCUGACUUCCCUCCCUCCCACUCGUAUAGCUUCCAUACUUUGCGACGGGGCUGAAUUUCCGUAAGCAUCCCAGGGAAAUACUACUACUGCAGACCGCCAUUGUCGGACGCGUAAUGAGCGGGUAGGAUGAACCUGAAGUGAACUUUUAAUUGGAUCUUCAUGCGGGAACGGACGAGUUUUCUCAUCGGAUGAUGGCUCAGGCAGUCUCCGUCAUCCCACUGCUGGGCAUUAUUCUGGAUCUGCACUGCGUCGCUGCUAUAGAACUGCGGUUCAUGCCUGAUCCCCCAACACUGAACGUCACUGGCAUCCAAAGGAUAAAUAAAUCUGAUAACCUAGAGCUCAGCUGCAGUGGUCGCCAGUACCUGAGCUGGACCACUCCUUCCACAAGCAGACGAGUCUCCACAAGUGACUGCAGUGGAUCAGGGUUCUUCUGCACAACGUUGCGGCUCACCAAUGCGACUGCCAAUGAGACCGGAGAGUAUCGGUGUUCCUACAAAGACCUCGAGGUGGAGGAUGGCAAAACGUCAGCAGCUGCUUUUGUGUUUGUCCACGAUUACAAGGUGCCAUUUGUGCCGUCUGAGAAAGAAUAUGAAGUAGUUUUCAUCCGUGAAGGAGAACGGGUGAUCAUACCGUGCCGCGGGUCGGUGGAGAACCUCAAUGUGACACUCCAUACUAAGUAUCCCAAGAAGGAGCUGUACCCAGAUGGGAAGGAUUGUCUGUGGGAUGCCAGGACGGGCUUCACUGUUCCCAGUCACCUGAUCAGCUACGCCGGGGUGGUGUUCUGCCAGACUCAUAUAGACAGUCAGACCUUCAAGUCCCCGCUCUACAUUGUUGCUGUCGUUGGAUACAAGAUCCAUGACCUCACCCUGACCCCCACAGAAUUGAGGCUGUCUGUGGGGGAGCGGUUGACACUCAGCUGCACCGCCAACACAGAGCUUAAUGUGGGCAUUGAAUUCAACUGGACACACUCCAGUCAGGCCUUGACUUCAGUGAGUGGUUUGGGGGCACCCCACACGGUAUCCCACAAAAGGAAGCUGUGGAAUUCUCUGGAACUGUCCAAUAUGCUUAUAGUUGAGAAUGUGACGGUGAACCACGCAGGAGAAUACACCUGCACUGCAUCCAGUGGUCAGAUGGAGAAAAGUGCCACAGCUUUUCUGCAGGUGUAUGAAAAGCCUUUCAUUGAGGUAAAGGAGCCAUGGAUGAAGGUUUUGGAGGUAAAUGUGGGUGACCAGACAUCUGAGUACCUCAUCCCUGUGAAGUACUAUGCCUACCCUGAACCCACUGUUAAAUGGUAUAAGAAUGGCCAGCAAAUUCGUAAGGAUGACUACAGGAUCAAACCAAGAAAUGACGCACUCAUAAUCCGUGGAGUCACUGACAAAGACACGGGGAAUUACACCGUUGUUCUGACUAAUAAGAUCACUAAAGAGGAACAGACUCGCUCCUUCCAGCUAUUGGUCAAUGUGCCUCCCCAUAUCAUUGAGAAGGAGGUGGCUGUGGACACUGAUGUAUACAUGUAUGGUAGCAGCCCCACCCUCAGGUGCACUGCCUAUGGAAUCCCCACGCCAGCAAACAUCCAGUGGCAGUGGAUGCCCUUAGAGGACUGCCCAGAGGCCUUCCAGGUUGGUUUGUCAAAGUCUAGCGCCAGGAUCAAGGAGUGCACUAAAUGGAGAGACAUCAGCAAUAGCACCGGUCAAAACCCUGUUGACCCAAUCAGAACUGAAACUGAUCAACUGCAAAAGAAAACUGGUAGUUCUUUGAAGAUUCGUAAGGCUGAGGUUAACGCCCUCUAUCGAUGCCUGGCUACCAACAAAGCAGGGCAGGAUUCACGCAUCAUCCUUUUCCAUGUGACACGUGGCCUUGAGCUAAGUGUGUUCCCAUCCACUGAACCCAUAGAGGCUGACCAGGUGGUCCUGAGGUGUAAGGCUGACAGGUUGAUCUAUGGGAACUUGGCAUGGUUCCGUGUCACCAACGUCUCUAAUCCUGAGCGCAGCCCCUCUGUGCAGCCCUGUCAUUCCCUGUCAUUGCUCCAGCAGCCCCUCCCCCAGGCCAUGCUCUCCGGCCUGCAGGGCACCAACGUGACCCUGGAGCUGCCACUUCCAAAUGCAUCCCGUCAGGAUGAGGGUCUUUAUGCCUGUCGGGUGGAAAACAUCAAAACCAGAGAGAAGACAUGCCUGCUGCACCACCUCUCUCUCAGAGCUCUUGAAGCUGCACGGAUCCUGAGUAAUCUAACUGACCAAAAAGUGAAUGUGAGUACUACGACCACACUAACAUGUGAUGUCGCUGGUACUCCAAGACCAACUGUGAUCUGGACCAAAAACAACCGCACGGUGGUGAAGGACUCAGGAGUGAUUCUGAGCAGUUUCAACCAAACUUUGACUGUUAAGCGUGUGAAGAAAGAGGACAGUGGUCUCUACACCUGCACUGCAUGUAACGGGCUUGGCUGUGACACCUCACAGGCCUUCUUGACUACUGAAGGUGCAGAGGAAAAGACCAAUGUGGAGCUGAUUGUUCCUAUUGGGUCAGUGGUCAUUGCCAUGUUUUUCUGGCUGCUCAUCGUCUUUGUCAUCCGUGGAAGAAAGAGACCAAGUGGUGGGGAUCUGAAGACAGGCUACUUGUCCAUGAUCCUGGACUCAGAAGACAUGCCCAUGGAUGAGCAGUGUGAGAGGCUCACAUAUGACGCUAACAAGUGGGAGUUCCCACGGGACAGGCUGAAGCUAGGUGACCCACUGGGACGAGGAGCAUUUGGCCAAGUGGUAGAGGCAGCUGCCUUUGGCAUUGAGAAAGCCACCACGUGUACAACUGUUGCAGUAAAGAUGCUUAAGGAGGGCGCCACAUCGAGUGAGUAUCGUGCCUUGAUGUCAGAGCUGAAAAUUCUCAUCCACAUUGGCCACCAUCUCAACGUAGUCAACCUUCUGGGAGCUUGCACCAAGCCGGGGGGGCCGUUGAUGGUGAUUGUGGAGUACUGUAAGCACGGCAACCUUUCCAGCUUCUUGAAGAGCAAACGUGGAGAGUACAGCCCCUUCAAGAAGAAAAGGAUGGGCGGUCAGGAGUGGGUGCCUAUGGAAGAGGAUGUGACUGAAGGGGAUCUGGGUCUGGGAAACAGUGCUCACCUGGACAUCUGCACAGGCACAGCUGUCUGCUCCAGAACCACAGACACGACUUCAAUCGUCAACUUGGAAAACAGUGAAGAAAGCUCAGACUAUGACCACCUGACCAUGGAAGACCUGAUCAGCUACAGCUUUCAAGUGGCCAAGGGAAUGGAGUUUCUGUCCUCUCGCAAGUGUAUUCACAGAGACCUGGCAGCAAGAAACAUUUUACUUUCAGAGAACAACGUGGUGAAGAUCUGUGACUUUGGCUUGGCAAGAGAUGUCUACAAAGACCCUGAUUAUGUCCGCAAGGGAGAUGCACGCCUCCCACUUAAGUGGAUGGCUCCUGAGACCAUCUUUGAUCGGGUAUACACCACACAGAGUGAUGUUUGGUCCUUUGGGGUCCUCCUCUGGGAAAUCUUCUCCCUGGGGGCUUCUCCCUACCCCGGUGUGUGUAUUGACGAGCUGUUCUGCAGGAGGCUGAAGGAAGGCACCCGCAUGAGAGCUCCAGACUACGCCACCACCGAGAUAUACCAGACCAUGUUGGACUGUUGGCUGGAUCGUCCCACAGACAGGCCAACAUUCACCGAGCUGGUAGAACAUCUGGGUAAUCUUCUACAGGCCAGUGCUCAACAGGAUGGGAAGGACUACAUACCUCUGACAACAGAUGAGAUACAGAUGUCCCCUGUGAACCCUGAUCCCAGGAGCCCCUACACUGGGCCGUUGAGUGGGGAUACAUUGGAACCUCAGCUCCACUAUGACAAUGCACCGAUCCUUGGCAUGCUUUCCCAACAGAGUGACAGGUGCAGUCGGCCGCUUAGUGUAAAGACUUUUGAGGACAUUCCUGUGGAGCACAGCAGCAUCAUGGAGGGUCACACAGAUAGUGGCAUGAGCCUGUCACCAGAUGACAUGAAAGGUCUGGAUCAUCAGCUGCCACGGACACCCAACCUCAGUCAACUGCUGCGUUGUAAGAGUAAGGAGUCGCUGGCCUCUGAGUCAUCUAACCAGACGAGUGGAUACCAAUCAGGGUACCACUCCGACGACACUGACACUCCAAUCUAUGCGAAUGAGGAGGUGAUCAUGAAGCACAAUAUGCUGAAGAAAUCUCCGUUGACCAAGACACCGGACAAGUUCAGUGUUGAGGUCCGCUAUAGCACACCACCGGUCUGACCCCAGCUAAAUCCCCACCAUCACCUUCCUCUGCACCAAACCCUUCUGUUUCCCUACUGCAGGUAGUACUCCUUUUGGGAACAAUGACAUCGCGUGCCGUAGAGCUUUAUUCAUUGUGGGGGUUGGGCAUUUUCUUAAGCGAUAAUGUUAUAAUUCAAUCAGAGUUCAUGGCCACUUCAGAUUGGUUGUAUGCACACAAUAAUUGAUCUUUGUAAAGAUCACCUCUAGACAGCUAGAGGUAUCCAGAGAAUACUAUCAUGUUUACACAGCAAGUGGAAGGUCUGGGUAACCCUGGAAAUGUGGGCACACCUACUUCCUGGGAGGCAACCCACCCACUUCCUGUAUUGCAGGAAAUGGCAACUGGAAUUUUUAAAUAAUUGAACAAGAAAACUUAUUCUUUUUUUCCAGCCUUUCUUUGUCAACUUUGGGAAAGAUAGAAAUGGAGUUUUUAUUGAAAUGAACUUUUUUCUUUGGAUGGAAGCAGUUUUAUCAUUGUCAUUCGUAUGUUGCUUUGAAUGAUAUAAUCUUAAUUCCUAUUUGUACAGUCUCUUUUAUUUGUAUGACUUAUCAUAUUUUAUUAAGGUUGCAUCUACUAAACCAGCAUUAAAUGUAACUAGUUUUCUAAAAUAAAUGCACUCCUAGAUUAAGAAGGCGUUAGUGCACCACUUUGUCAGUAUUUAACAGCUUUUGUUCAACACGUCAAUUAAGCAUCCAGUAUCAUCAGUUGUUCACAAUUAUAUGUCAAUUUUUGUUUCUGUGUAUGUGUGUGUAAUAACCUCUCCCAAUUUUUUUCUCUCUGUGUGUACUUUUGUAUGCUAAAACUCUCAUUUCCUCCCUCUGUGUCUUACUGGCCUUAAGAAAACAAUACUUCCCAGUCUUACUUACCAUGAGUGUGUGUGUGGGGGGGGGGUAUGUGGGUGUUUUUCUGAGGGGAACAAUACCCUUUCAGCCUUGGGUAUUUUUGCAGGUAUAUUGAGCUCUCUGACAACAUGCCCAUAAUAACUGGGACAAGGUCACUCUGGACUGGGUAAUAUUCUGGGAUUUUAUGUUGAAGGGCACAUAAAAAUUUGUUUGACAGCU